CAAUUUUAAAGCUCAGGCUUUAUAAUUAAUCUUUAUUUAAACAUGAAUUAUGUGAUUACUGAAACUAGAUCAAUUUUUACAACAUAUAACUAAUAUGCAUUUAAAUUUUACGAUUUGACGCACGUCCCAAUAAUGGCUAAUAAUAUUCCUGAAAUUAUAAUAUGUUUGUUGAUAGCAGGAUGUGUUGGAACAGUAUUUUUAUUCUCACAAAUUAUACAUAAUGCAGUUGGAUCUUCAGAAAUUUCUUUAUCACAAAUAAUUAAUAAUCAGCCGAAAGAAUAUUCUUGGCUAUUAAGACUUGGACUUAAUUGCAUUGGAUAUGUAUCCAUUUUUGGACCUUUAUAUAUCAUCAAUAAAUAUGUACACAAAACUAACUAUCUUGACAGAGCAGGCUCUGGGUAUGUUUCGUGUUUGACACGAAUGUGUUUGUCAGAGCAAGAAAAACUAGGUGAUACGCAGUCUCAAACUUUGAGCAAGGCUGACCUUAAUACAAAGAAAAGCUUUCUAGAAGAAUGCUCGCUCCUGACUGUUUGCCUAACGGGUUUAAUGGGAUCAUAUCUAACAUGGGGACUAUACCAGGAGGAGAUUAUGACUCAUGAGUACAUAAACAGUGAAGGAAAGAAAACUACAUUUAAUGAUUCACAAUUUUUAGUAUUCAUCAAUCGUAGUUUAUCGUUUAUACUUGCAUUAAUUUAUAUUUCAAUUAGAAAACAGCCUAGACACAGGGCUCCUCUAUACAAGUAUUCCUUCUGUUCCUUCUCAAAUAUUAUGAGCGCCUGGAGCCAGUAUGAAGCUUUGAAGUAUGUUAGUUUUCCAACGCAGGUUUUAGCAAAAUCUUGUAAAAUAUUACCAGUUAUGGCAAUGGGAAAAAUAAUAUCACGUGUUAAAUAUGAAAAUUAUGAAUAUAUUACUGCAGCACUUAUCUGUAUUGGUAUGGUAUUUUUCUUGUUUGGAAGUACAAGCGAUCAUAAAGGUAAUUCAGCGACCACUAUGUCAGGAGUAAUAUUACUAUCAUUAUACAUGUUAUUUGACAGUUUUACAUCAAAUUGGCAAGGUGCAUUGUUUAAAAAAUAUUCAAUGAGUUCAAUCCAAAUGAUGUGUGGUGUUAACUUGUUUAGCGCAUUGUUUACUUUAAUUUCCCUAUUGCAACAAGGCGGAUUCAUGGAAUCAAUUAUGUUUAUGACACAGCACCAGAAAUUUAUAGGGGACUGCAUUUUAUUGUCAAUAAGCUCAGCUAGUGGCCAACUUUUUGUUUAUUUCACCAUUGCUACUUUUGGACCAGUGGUUUUUACUAUUAUAAUGACGCUCAGACAGGCUAUAGCUAUACUUUUAUCAUGCAUAGUCUAUGGGCAUAGCAUAACAGCCCUUGGAAUAUUUGGUGUACUACUAGUGUUUUGUGCGAUAUUUCUUAGAGUUUAUUGUAAUCAGAGGUUGAAGUCUAUUAAUCAAAAGAGACUGAAUUUGGAGAAUAAGCCAAAAGUUGUAAUAUAGUUUUUUAAUUUAAAGGUGGCUGGCACAUUGUGAACACAUACAUUAUAGCAAAGAACAGCUCUGCUCCCUGUAGAGCCAACAUCAGAGAGCAAAGUAUAUAUUCCAGACGAAGAAUAAAAGAUUGGAAAAU